AUGCUUCGGACUAGUUCCUCAACCCUCUCAGGACACAUCAAGCUCUGCUUCCUGACCUUAGCUGUCUUUAUGGUCCUGGCUCAGACUUCCCCAGAGGGAUGGCUCAAAACGUGCUUUUAUGGAAUGGGCAAAUGCAGACGUGAAUGCCGGCUAGAUGAGAAGAAGAAAGAGAUAUGUGGGGAGUUCACGGUUUGCUGUAUCCACAUAUCAAAGUCAAAACUAUCCAACAUACCUCUAGCCAACCAACGGAAAAAGAAUGGUACGUAUCCAUUUCAGACUUCCAGCUUCAAUAGCUAUGCUAAUCUUUGGUGCCGGGGCUUCUGA